CACAUGGAAAUGUUAAAUGAGAAUGUGAAAUAUGAGAUAAGCAAAGACAAAAAGUAAAAUAGAAUCAAAAGCAUUUUAAAAAAAUUAAAGUCAGAUGGCGUUAAAUUUGUGUGCCUAAUCAUCACAAAAUUAAAUGAAUGAUUUUUCUUUCAUUGUUUAAAAAAUUUUAUUCUGACCUUUGAACAUUUUUAUUAAAAAUACUUUUGUCAAAUUUUUUUAAAAAAUUUCUGGAAGACUAAAAUUAAAUCAGAAAUUUCAAUUUAAAAACAAAGUUUUAGACAAAAAAUGUCAGACUACGCACUUGUCCGAACUCGUUCAGCUUUAGCCCUUUCGAGUUGCGCUCCUAUAGGUUUAACCCGCACGUAUUCAGUGCCUGAUUUGUACAGGCCUUCAUACUCAUCUUAUUACUACUAUCCCUACUACAGUUCGAGAUAUUGGACUGAUUCUUACUACAACUAUUCUUGGCCCUACACCUAUCGAAGCUAUUAUUCAUACCCUUAUAGUCGUUACUACUACCCUUAUGGCUAUUAUGGAUACUAUCCUUAUAGCUAUUAUAGCCGCUAUAGAAGCUACUUAGAUUACAGUUUGCCCUAUUACUCGAGAAGAUGGUACGAUCCUUACUAUGAUUCAUACUUGGGCAGUUAUCGCUAUCGGAGCUGGCUUCUCGACAGUAUCUAUUAUUGA